CGGAGUGGGAAAGGGCUAGAGCGCGGGAAGAGAUGGAGGCCUCCACGUCCUCUGCGAUGGUAGCUCGCCAGACAUGGGAGAUUGAGAACAAUAUCGUCGCCAUGGAAUCACCCGCAGCUGCUUCAGAUUCCGAUGCCAUCUUUGAGUACGACGAGGCUUCUCAGAGCAGCAUCCAACAGCUGAAGCCUUGGAAUCGCGACCCUCACUUCUUCAAAAACGUCAAAAUAUCCGCCCUCGCGCUGCUCAAGAUGGUCGUUCAUUCCCGAUCAGGUGGCACGAUUGAGGUCAUGGGCUUGAUGCAGGGAAAGACGGAUGGAGAUACUAUAAUAAUAAUGGAUGCAUUUGCUUUGCCAGUAGAGGGCACGGAGACUCGAGUGAAUGCUCAAGCAGAUGCUUAUGAGUAUAUGGUGCAGUACUCUCAAACAAAUAAACAGGUGGGAAGGCUAGAAAACGUGGUAGGCUGGUACCAUUCGCAUCCUGGCUAUGGAUGUUGGCUUUCAGGUAUCGAUGUAUCCACUCAAAUGUUGAAUCAGACUUAUCAGGAGCCCUUCUUAGCCGUGGUAAUUGAUCCAACACGCACUGUGUCUGCUGGAAAAGUUGAGAUUGGAGCAUUCCGCACCUAUCCUCAGGGUUACAAGCCGCCAGAUGAACCCCCAUCUGAGUAUCAAACGAUACCUUUAAACAAAAUUGAGGAUUUUGGUGUUCAUUAUAAACAGUAUUAUUCUCUUGAUAUAACCUAUUUUAAGUCGUCAUUGGAUUCGCACCUCCUGGACCUCCUCUGGAAUAAAUAUUGGGUCAAUACUCUUUCAUCCUCACCUUUGCUCGCCAAUCGAGAUUAUGUGGCAGGACAAGUGGCCGAUCUUGCCGAGAAACUGGAGCAAGCAGAGAGUCAGCUAGCUCAUUCUGGGCGUAUGGGAGGGUUCUUCAUGCCAGUGCAAAAGAAAAAGGAGGAAGAGUCACAGCUUGCCAAGAUAUCGCGUGACAGUUCCAAGAUAACUGUGGAGCAGCUGCACGGGCUUAUGUCGCAGGUUAUCAAGAAUACUUUGUUCAAUGUAGUGACGUCAAGUGCCUCUGCUUCUGCUGCAGCGUCUGCUGAAACACCUACUUCAGCCACAGACUCCUCGGGACCGGAACCUAUGAUACUUUUGUAAAUGGUCAGACGUAAUCAGUAAUUUGUCAAAAAAUGGUUGCCACUCCAUUCUAUAUCUCUAAAUGGCAAAGUAAACUUCUCGACCUCACGGGAAUGAAAGCCUUCAUUUUUACUCGCUUGAAGGUCGCACGUGUGUUGACAA